AUGUCUUCCAACGAAGCUUCUUCUCAUGUUACUGAUGAAUGCCAGAUCGAUGUCAAGUUCGAGCACGGCGCCUCUGGUCAGAAUUGGAUCGAGACUGUCUCGUGCAUCAUCACUGUGCAUGAUGACGACGAACUCUCUGGUAUCGAUCUUCCCAACAUCUUUCUUAUCGACCGCACCAAAGCCACCGAUUUCUAUGAACAACUCAAGAAGCAUGAGAACCCCACCGUACAACAGCUCGUUGGCCUGUUCGAUGAACAUGGUCUUUUGAGAAACCGACACAAGGAAUAUUGUGCCAAAAAGGGAGCUGGAGCAUGGAGCUCCAAGCUCGACGAUGGACGUCUUCUUCUGCUCGAUGGGAAGGAGAUCCAUUAUAUGGUCCAGGGAGGCACUCUUACGGAGUCAAUGCUGCAAGACACAAUCAAGAUCAUCAAAGCACGGGUUGGCGAGUCUUUGUUCACACUCGCUGCCCCUAUGAGCGUCUUGUCUUCGGAUGCCCUCAUCGCCCUGGGUUUCCGAUGCGUUUACGGUAGCGAAUACUAUGCUCUCUCGCCGGACGAAGAUCGUUCCUCUCGUUCCUCGGCUGCAGCCAACGACUCCACCCCCGAGCCCUCACAGCCACCCCGUAUGACUCCAGAGCUGAUGGGCUUUCUCCAAGCAGCUAUCAUGAUGCCAGACGAUCUAUUCUGCGCUGCUCAUCUGGAACUCGAGUACGACAACAUCGGCACUAAUGACCCCAAAUGGCGCCAACUCAUCUUCGGAAACACAAUUCUACAUAUUGUCGCGACCGCAAUGAAGCCGGAGUGUACCGCCUGGAUCAUUGCUCGCUGCCCCGAUCUUUGCUCUGUCGGGAAUGCAAGGGGCCAUACACCUUUGCAGGCUUUGGAGACUGUUAUACAAGAAGAGGGAGCAACAGGUGGUAGCCGAGGCAUGCCUUUGCGUAGUCGCAAUGCGUCGGGCCGUCUAUCUGAUGUUGCUAAGCAGACUCUGGCUUUGCUACGUGAUUAA